AUGCCACUCUAUGCGAAGUUUCUCAAGGAGCUCAUCAACAAGAAAAGGAGCUGGAAACAGAAGGAAACUAUGAUUCUCACCCAGGAAUGUAAUGCUGUGAUUCAGAAGGGUUUGCCACCCAAACUCAAAGAUCCAGGAAGUUUCUUCAUACCAUUUACCAUUGGAAACAUACCAAUUGAUAAAGCUUUGUGUGACUUGGGAUCAAGCAUCAAUCUGAUGCCACUUUCUAUUAUGGAGAAGCUGUCAAUAGAGGAAGUUAAACCCACCAAAAUGUCACUACAACUAGCUGAUAGGUCCCUCAUAAUACCCAAUGGAGUGGUGGAGAACCUUCUAGUUAAGGUUGGCUAG